CUCCCUGUGCGUCCGGUGUGCGUCGACCGGCACUGUGACUGACUUCGAUUAAAGGUACGCCACCAUCCGCCUCUGUCCCUUCUCCAUCUAUCUCAUCUGUGGGUCUCUGUUCUUUACUUCUUUGGCCGUCUCUGUCCCGUCUGCAUCUCUGAAGGUUGUUGGCCACGUCUGUGGUUCGCGAGCUGCUGUUGCAGAGUUGCAGUGUCGUUGGUGAAGCUGAAGCUGCGUGGUGGUGUUCUUGUUCUUCUUUAAUUUCACGAAAAUGAGUAGAGAAGCUAGUGUUGGUGGGUCUGGUGAAGCAAGCUCCAAUAGUGGUGCAGCCACUCCAAGCGUAGCUUCCACAACUAGUGGAACUUCAGAUUCCAAAAGAUUGGCAGUGAAUGCUCCUGGAAAUAGAUCUGAUCCAGGUUGGAAACAUGGAAUUGCAGUUGAUGAAAAUCCAAAGAAAGUGCAAUGCAAAUACUGUCAAAAGGUGAUAAAUGGAGGGAUUUAUAGACUCAAGCAUCAUUUGGCAGGAACACAAAAGGAUGUUGGAGCAUGCAAGGCUGUUAGUGAUGAUGUAAGGAAGGAAAUGUGGAAAAUUGUAUCCUCAUUGCAAGAAAAUUUAAUAAAGAGGGCAAAGGAGAUUGAAGGAAGAUCAAGUGAUUCAAGUCCUCUUGGCCAAUAUGAAGAUGAGGAGGUGGAGGGUGCAAAAAGACAAAGGCAAGAAAUUGCAAAGAAUCCUGCUGAUCUAUUCAAGAAAAGGGAUGUGAGUAGUCAAACUACCAUCAAUGGCAUUUUCAAGAAGAAUUUGAGGGAGGAAGCUUGCCAAGGGAUUGUCUCUUUUUUCUACAAUAAUGUUAUACCUUUUCAUGUGGCAAAAAGUGAUGAAUUCAAGAAGAUGCUAGACUUGGUUGCAAGACAUGGUAUUGGCUUUAAGCCUCCAUCCUACCAUGAGAUUAGAGUCAAGUAUUUGAAACAACAAGUUGAUUGCACCAAAGAAGUUAUAGAGCAGCACAAAGCAUUUUGGAAGAAAAUGGGAUGCACAAUUAUGACUGAUGGGUGGACAUAUAAGAGGAGGAGGACUAUAUUAAACUUCUUGGUUAAUAGUCCUAUGGGAACCAUUUUUUUGAAGUCAAUUGAUGCAUCUGAUAUAUCUAAAACAGCUGACAAGAUUUUCAAGUUGAUGGAUGAAAUUGUUGAAGAAGUUGGUGAAGAGAAUGUAGUGCAAAUUGUCACAGACAAUGCAGCAAACUACAAAGCAGCCGGGGAGAUGUUGAUGGGGAAGAGAAAGAGGCUAUAUUGGACGCCUUGUGCAGCUCAUUGCAUCGAUUUAAUGUUGGAGGAUUUUGAAAAAAAGAUACCAAUACAUAAAGAGACAAUUGCACGAGGUAAAAAGAUCACAACUUACAUCUAUUCAAGGACUGCGCUUAUUUCUCUAUUGCAUCAUUUUACCAAAGAAAAGGAUUUGAUUAGACCAGCCACUACCCGUUUUGCCACAUCUUACUUGACUUUGGGUUGCUUGAAUGACAAUAAGGGAGCAUUGAUUAGAAUGUUUACAUCCAAAGAAUGGAAAUCUAGUCAAUUUGCAAAGACUAAAGAUGGAAAGGUUAUUGAAAAUGUGGUAAUGGAUAAGGACUUCUGGAAAAGCAUUAUUACAUGCUUGAGGAGUGCUUAUCCUUUGAUCAAAGUCCUUCGUUUGGUAGACUCAGAUGAGAAGCCUGCCAUGGGGUUCAUUUAUGAGGAAAUGGACAGGGCCAAAGAAAAGAUACAAGCUGCCUUUAAUGGUAUUAAGAAAAGUUACUUGCCUCUAUGAGAAAUUAUAGAUG